CGCUGUCUCUUUAUUGUCUACUGUGUCACAUCUUCAUUUGAUGUUUUUUCCACAUUUAGAGCUCCAGAAAUCUUCCUGGGUCGGCAGUAUUCAGAGGCCAUCGACGUUUGGUCGUUAGGCUGCGUGAUGGCCAGGAUGAUGACUCAAGAUAGUCUCUUUGGAUCAGACUCAGAAUACUGGACACUCCGACGCAUGAUCCAUCUGCUGGAUCUGCCGCCGCAAUAUCUCAUCGAUGCUGGCCGGAGAUCACGAUUAUUUUUUGAGAGAAUGCCAAAUGAUUGGUGGCGGCUGAAGACACCUAUGGAUUAUUUUGGGACCGAUCUCGUCCACUCCGACCCCACAGUUUACAAGUUCGACUCUCUGGAAGAAAUGAAAACGCUGUGCUCUGAGACGGACAACCCAGCAGAGGCUGAUGAGAGGAGGGAGUGCAUCGAGCUGUUGAAGGCGAUGCUUCAGUGGGAUGAUGACGACAGAAUCACCCCCAGUGGUAUCCUCAAGCAUCCCUUUAUCACCAAAAGCUACCUCAGCAGCAGCUCCUCCACCAGCAGUUGGUAAGUGUGUUUCUAUUUACUUUGUACACAGGUUGUGAGACAUUAGCAGCCCAGCAGGUGACAAAAGACUGAUAUGGACUUUUGUUGAUUUCCAUGUUUACAUUCUCUGCUUGUCGGAUGUAAACCCAACAGUGUAUGUUUCCUUUUUUUAGCGAUGAAUCUAGACCCUCCACCAGCCUGUCCAUCAUGGUUAAGCCUGCAGACCCUGAAAACAGAAUUAACCUGACAGGCUUGCUUGAUGAGGACAGUGACCUGAAGAGCAGUGAGUAUGAGGACAGUGACGAUGCUGACACUGCUGAAGACACUGAGGACAGCAUGGAUAGUAAUGAGGAUGAAGACACUGAAGUCACUGAGAAGGAGCAGAGAAAGACAAAGAAGAAGAAGAAGAACUGCUUCCAACGUGUCUUCUCUUGGAUAAAGAAGACGUUCUGCUGCUGCUGUGUGUCCGAUGUGAUGGACUGAGCAGCACUGUCAAGUGUCUUUCACUGUCACAGUUUUUCACUGUGAAGCGUCUUUAACGCAUGGCUUCCCACACUUGAAGAGGAAGGCCUGGUCUUUGCAACAGGAUUCCACUCUUUUCACUUUUCCUGUUCUCUCUCUCCUUCACCCUCACCCCAACCGGUCGAGGCAGAUGGCCGCCCUGUCUGAGCCUGGUUCUGCCGGAGGGUUCUUCCUGAAAAAGGGAGUUUUACCUCCCCACUGUCGCCAAGUGCUUGUUCAGACAGGGAAUCCAAAGGAAACUUUGGAUUUGUUGGAUUUCUCUCUAUAAUUUUGUCUUUACUUUUCUUAUUGAAGUGUCUUGAGAUGA